AUGGCAGCUCCACGACCGUCAGCUCAGGCUGGCUCAUCGAAGCGGCCGGUACAGUCGAUGCCUGAGGAGGAACCGGAUGAGAUUAUUGGUGACUUCCGUAGGGGCAAGGAGAUUGGUAAAGGUAGCUUUGCGGCCGUUUAUCUUGCUCAGCAUAGGAAGAAGAAGUCUUAUGCAGCUGUCAAGGCUGUGCAGAUGCAUAAGCUCACCAGGAAGCUCAAGGAGAAUCUCGAGUCCGAGAUUCGCAUCUUGCAAAGCCUACAGCAUCCACACAUCGUUGCGCUGUUCGCUUGCAACGAGACGCCGUCUUAUAUCUACCUGGUCAUGGAGUACUGCCAGCUAUCAGAUCUAUCGCAAUUCAUGAAGAAGCGCCACACCUUGGCGACACUACCCGAGACGCAGGACAUAUUUAGGAGAUAUCCCAAUCCUCAGGCUGGUGGUCUGAACGAGGUUUUAGCACGGCACUUCUUGAAGCAGAUCGCAAGUGCUCUACAAUAUCUGCGCAGCAGAAAUCUGAUACACCGUGACAUUAAACCGCAGAACCUGUUACUCAACCCGGCUCCGACAUAUAUGGCCAGACAAGCUCCAGAGGACGUUCCAUUGGCCGCAAGCGAAUACUCCUUGGUGUCAGCUGUUGGCGUUCAAACUCUGCCUAUGCUUAAGAUUGCAGACUUUGGCUUCGCUCGCCACCUCCCUUCAACAUCCAUGGCCGAAACGCUUUGUGGAUCACCACUUUACAUGGCUCCGGAAAUCUUGAGAUAUGAGAAGUACGAUGCGCGCGCGGAUUUGUGGUCUACUGGGACAGUCUUGCACGAGAUGGUUGUUGGCAAGCCUCCUUUCCGAGCUCAGAAUCACGUGGAACUUCUUCGUCGAAUCGAAAAGGCUAAUGACCAGAUCAUUUUCGACAACAAGAUCAUGACGAUCAGCCGGGGCAUGAAAGACUGUAUUCGGAAGCUGUUGAAGAAGAGCCCUCUGGAUCGUGUUUCGUACGAAGACUUCUUCCUUGAUCCCAUUGUCACGGGUGACAUUCCUGGCCUAGUGGAGGAAGAUAGGUCUUCAGCGCCUGCGGCUGUACCAGAGCCGCAGGUGUCGGAAAUCAGUCGGCGCAUCGCCAAACAACCUUCAGAUCGUAGUACCAGCACAGCAACAACGGAAGAUCCUCAAACACGAACUCGCCCGUCACAGGAAGACGUACAGCAGAAGGUGUCGAAGAAGCCCUCGGAUCAAGACCUGCCAGUCGCACAGCCACGAUUGUCAGAAAGACGCAUGUCUGCAGCUGCAGAGACUGGAGGCAUACCCAUACAGCGUCAAUCGAGCCAGCGCCAGCAACGACGACCAAGUAUUGUCGCUCACGCGACUGCUCCUGCUCGCGAAGGUCUACAUGUCGGUAACACCCAAGUAGCCAACGCACCACGAAUUGAGCGCCGUGCAAGCCGAUCUUCACCUCUCGCCAACCCGCCUAUGAUCCGUGAACCCUCUGCUGUCGAUGGGGAAGGCUCGAAGCCAAAGUCUGCCAGACGAGAGGCACGAGAAGCACGCGAAAGGACCGCCCAGGAGGUGGCUUUCGAGAAGGAGUAUGUUGUCAUUGAGAAGAGAGCGGUCGAAGUGAAUGCGUUCGCAGAUCAAUUACAAGCGAAUGCGCAAGGACACAGUCUACCCUACAAUCAAGGCACUAUGAUACGACGCGCGACGACUCAAGGGCAGCCAACAUCUACCACAGGAGCGCAAGCCUCGAGUCCGUCUCGCGCCGUGCAAAUGAUGACUGGAAGGACCCCUGCUACGCAUCAGCGUGCAGGCUCCUUUGAAAGACGUUAUGCUCCAGCGCCACAAUCUGCUACCAACAUGUUGACGAAAGCACUCAACGCUGCCAAUGUUCGCCUGUUUGGUGCUCUUGGUACUUCUCCGCCAUUCGGUAAAGGAGCUUCGCCACCACACGGGUACGGCGCCUUUCCUACAUACCCAUCGCAAGCGGGUAUGCUCACGAUCGGCGAUGGCAGCGAGACCAAAUCGCCCAUGGACGAGGACACGAAGAUCGUGCGUACCAUGGAGGAGGCUGCCCAUCGAAGCGAUGUGAUUUACGGCUUUGCGGAAGUAAAGUACAAGCAGCUACUACCAGCUACGCCAUCGGCUGUAGACCCGCUCGGCAUACAACAAAUUGGAGCCCAGGACGAUUCAGGCGCGAUAGAAGACGAAGGACAAGAAGAGGAGGACAUGACUACUGCAGCGAUCGUCGGGGUGGCGGAAGAGGCAUUGGUGUUGUACGUCAAGACACUGGCUAUACUGGCUAAGACGAUCGAUCUGGCAGGCUACUGGUGGACGAAACAAGGGCAGUCUGACACUACUGUCGCCGACCCAACGAAAUCGCCGAGCAGCAGCACGAGCGAGGCCGGAAAACGCAUGAACAACGUGGUCCAGUGGACUCGCAACCGCUUCAACGAGUGCCUCGAGAAGUCCGAAGUGGUCAGCCGCAAACUCCAGUCCGCCCAAAGACAGUUACCGCCAAGUCACCCUGCGCACCCAAGCAAUCAUACGACUGCGUCUGCCGGCUCUACAGCUGCAGUCACCACUUCUUCCUCCGAAACCAUCCAGAUCACUAGUGGAGUCACAGCCGAGAAGCUGAUGUUCGAGCGCGCGGUAGAGAUGAGUCGAGCUGCGGCAGUCAACGAACUCGUUAACGACGAGAUCGCUGGCUGCGAGAUUAACUAUCACACUGCUAUACUUCUUCUCGAAGCUGUCCUCGAAGCGGACAAUGAGCCAUUGAUGCGAAGGCCAAGUCAGAAGAAGGAUAGAAGUGGUGAUGAGGUUGUCACUGGGAUGGAGACGGAGGACAGACAGACGGUUAUUAAAUUGAUCGACGGCGCACGAACCCGUCUGAACGCCCUAAGGAAGAAGGCCCACGCUGCCCAGCAAGUAGCUAAGAGGUCUUCGACGAGCGGUAACAUCACCCCGAAACCUACUAGUAACCCUUCACCCUCCGCUACGCCCGCCGUAGCCGGCACACCACCACGAUAG